UCCACAUGGUGCGGGGCUGGAGAAUAAAGAGUGUGGAGUUGAACUCGUGCCAUUGUAGUGACUCAUCUCGGGCAGAGCGCAGGGGCUCGGAGCGAGACAGCGAGCAGCGCUCGGCAGGGACAGAGAGAGAGAGAGAGAGCGCGCGAGAAAGAGGGGGAGAGAGAGAGAGAGAGAGAGGAGAGGGAGGGCGAAGCGAGGCGAGACGCGCGAGGCCGGCCCGUCCCGGAGCGGACACAGGGUGCAGGGCACUGCGGCGCCGAGCCACGUCCCUCGCAGCACCGCUCAGCCCGGAACCCCACGGGCACUGUCCCGCCGGCGCGAUCGGGGCCGCUGGACCGGCGCUUGCUGCCUUGUCCUAAGUCAAGUGUCCGAGUCGCCGGGAAACUCAGGCGGCGAGUUGGCCACAGGAAGUUUAUUCUCGGGCUCCUUUUCUAAAAGGAGGAAACAGAAGUUUCUCCCAACCGGCAGCUUUGCUUUUUCGCCUCUUUGGCGCCCUGUGAGAUCGGGGAGGGAGUCCCCCCAGAGCUGCCAAGCGACACCCGCUGGGCUCCUAGUCUUUUUUUUUUUUUGCGUUUGCCCAUUUUUUUUUUUUUCUCCAGCCCCUGGGUCCCGGCGGAGCUCCGGCUGCGCGCGGGGGCGGAAGGGCGCGCGCAGGGGAGGGACCGAGGGACGCGCCGACUUUUUUAGAGGGAGGGACCCGGUGGACAACCGGUUCCGCGGAGCUUGCAGAGCAGAAACGAAGUGCGGUGCGCGGCGAUCGGGGGGUCACUUCCCGAGCGUCGCCGCCUCCCCGUCUGCCUCGGUGAGGGGACAGCCCCCGGAGCCAAGAGCCCAGCCCGCGGCGGGGCCGGUGGAGCAGCGAGCGCGCAGCAGACUGUGCGCGGCCGCGGCGAGGGCGGGGAAGAAAACCACCCUGUUUCCUCUCCGGCCCCCACCGCGGAUCAUGUACCAGGAUUAUCCCGGGAACUUUGACACCUCGUCCCGGGGCAGCAGCGGCUCUCCUGCGCACGCCGAGUCCUACUCCAGCGGUGGCGGCGGCCAGCAGAAGUUCCGGGUAGAUAUGCCUGGCUCAGGCAGCGCCUUCAUCCCUACCAUCAAUGCCAUCACCACCAGCCAGGACCUGCAGUGGAUGGUACAGCCCACAGUGAUUACUUCCAUGUCCAACCCUUAUCCACGCUCACACCCCUACAGCCCCCUGCCGGGCCUGGCUUCUGUCCCUGGGCACAUGGCUCUCCCUAGACCCGGCGUGAUCAAGACCAUCGGUACCACUGUGGGCCGCAGGAGGAGAGAUGAGCAGCUGUCUCCCGAGGAAGAGGAGAAGCGUCGAAUCCGGAGGGAGAGGAACAAGCUGGCUGCCGCCAAGUGUCGGAACCGUCGCCGCGAGCUGACGGAGAAGCUGCAGGCGGAAACAGAGGAGCUGGAAGAGGAGAAGUCCGGUCUGCAGAAAGAGAUCGCUGAGCUACAGAAGGAGAAGGAAAAGCUGGAGUUCAUGUUGGUGGCGCACGGCCCUGUGUGCAAAAUCAGCCCCGAGGAGCGCCGGUCGCCCCCGACCUCCGGGCUGCAGCCCAUCCGUGGUACGGGCGGCGCUGUGGUGGUGAAGCAGGAGCCACUGGAAGAGGACAGCCCUUCUUCCUCAGCGGUAGGGAUGGACAAGACCCAGCGCUCUGUCAUCAAGCCCAUCAGCAUUGCUGGGGGUGGUUUCUAUGGGGAAGAGCCUCUGCACACUCCCAUCGUGGUGACCUCCACACCUGCCAUUACUCCAGGCACCUCAAACCUUGUCUUCACCUACCCCAGUGUCCUGGAGCAGGAGUCGCCUGCGUCACCCUCGGAGUCCUGCUCCAAGGCUCACCGCAGAAGCAGUAGCAGUGGGGACCAGUCGUCAGACUCCUUGAACUCCCCCACACUGCUGGCCCUGUAACCCUGUGCUCCUCUGGCCAGCUCUGGAGAAGUCGUCAUGAUCAUCGUCAUCAUCAUCAUCAUCCUCAUCCUCCUCAUCCUCCUCGUCACCCUUCCCGGAGACCAGUACCUUUAAAGCACUCCAGGGCCGUGAGGGCAAUAGGGGACCUUGGCUCUGGGGACCCGAUGGGAUUUAGUGGCAAGGCGCUGGUUGAUCUCUUGGAAGCCCUGGGACCCCCUUUCCCUCAUUCAUCUUGCAAGCAAAUCCUCUUCCUUGAGAAGCCGGAGGAGAACUUGGUUUGGUGGACUCAGACAUCCUCUCCUGCUUCUGCAGCAUCUGGAGCCCGGCCCCGGAUGGUUCCUGUCCCUUUGUGACUCUGUUGUCCCUGGAGUGAUGGUGUCCCUUUCCUGCCCCACCAAGCAUGCCCAGUGCCUUUCUGGUGUCCCCUGCCUCCCCCAGUCCCAGCUUCACUCCCUCUGGGUUUUUAAUGAGAUUUGCCAUGACAUUUCAUCUGGGUGGUCCGGAUAUUAAAGCGCUGUUAUUUCUGGAGCUGGGGGAGCAGGUGACUCUUCCACUGGGGUGGAUGUGUCCCGAAGGGGACAGUCAAAGUGCAAUAUUAUUGAACCUUCCCUCCCCACGCACCCCAGCGCACUGAUGACAUCACAGACCACCAGCGGCCUCCCUGAGUUCCACGGGUGAGGCCAUCACCGCUGGGAUGCACCGAGGACCUUUCCUCCCCAGCCUGGGAGAUGUCCAUCUCUUGGAGGAUCGGCCUGGCCAGAAGACAAGGGUGUAAGUGCGACAACCAGGGCACAGGUUGGGUUUGCCAAACGCCUAAUUACCAAGCCAGGAUUAGUGCCAACAAAGCCACGGGGCUGUCCUAGUGAGCUUCCCUUCGCCUGAUGUCUUGAGUGGAGCUUCUCUUGUAAUUACCGCCUCGCCAUUCUGACCUUGGACCCCUUCCCUCCAGACCAGGGAGGUACCCCUUCCCAGGAACCGCACAUCACUCCAAAGCCCCGCUGGGUUCUGCCCUUCCCCAUCUCUCAGGGUGACACCACUCAGAGAGUAUGUGGGCCUGGACCCCCCCCCCCCCCCCGAGUUUGACCCAAUGGUUUCUCUUCACACCUCAGGUGGAAGAGCUGGGGAGAGAUCUGGGGCUGUGGUAGGAAUGAUUUUGGCAGCAGCCCCAGGUACCUAGCCUUCCCUGGCUACUCUCCUAUCAGUGAGGUGCAGGACCCCCCACCCCCACCACCCCCUACCCCGCUCUGUUCUCAGUGGUCUCUCCCAUUGAUGGAUGAAUGCUUUUCCUUUGAUCCUUCUGUGGCCCACUCCAGAGUGACCCUCCUGACCCAGCAGGCCAGUCGGGAGUCACUGGGUCCGAGCCAGUCUUGCUAAGGCUUGGGGUGUCUUAUGCCGUUCCGGUCAAAGCUAGUGUGUAUUCCUUCCCACUGUUGAAAGAACCGUGCUUCUCAUGGGUGUCCUGGCCUCCAGCAAGAGCACACCCCCUGCCCCCGCAUCUCAGCCCUUCCUCCCUGCUGCGUGUUGACACAGGCAUGGGAAGUGGAGUCUGCUCAGAACCCGUCUCUAGUGCUAAUGCUCCGACCUCGCGUGUCCACUCUAAAGAGCCUAUCUAAACCCAUGUUAUUGGAAUCAUGGCCGGCGGUGGAAGUCUGAGUUUUGACAGGGAAAGGACAACAUCACGGACCUAUGCCUUUCUCAACCCAAGUUCACACGGGCCGGCCAUGAUUGAAUCCCAUGACCCACUUACAUGCAUGCAGAGUACACAGGAUCCAGGAGCCGUGUGGGAAGCCUGCAUGGUCCAUCAGAACUGAAAGUGAGGGGGGCAGAGGUUGGCUAGGUGGAGAGGGACCUGAAAGGAGAGGGGAUUUUUGUUCCAAAUAAUUUCGAUAUGCCCUUUCCCGUGUGCCCUGGCUCUAACUCUGCCAUUCUGGUCUCCCAGAGCCUCUGGGAGGUGGCUUCCUGGCCUCAGAGUCCUCCUAGAAACAGAAGACAGCCAAGAGUAGCAGGAGUUGGGUAAAUACCCGGGGGUGAUCUCAGUUGAGAAGCAUUUCUCAUCUCAAGCCAAGUGGGAGCGCUCCCUUCUUGUGCUCAUGGGUGUUUCUGAAACGAAGCUGCUUUUUUCCUUCUUUUAUUUCCAGAGCCCUUUUCUGCCCCGCCUUCCAUAACAUGGAUCCCAACACAGGUCACGGGCCUGUGGCUUGGUGCCCCAGUUGGACACUCCUGAGAACACCCCCCACCCCACCCCAAGUCUGUCUCUCAGUUCAGAUUUCAAGCUGUGUCAGCAUUCAGUGCUAGAAGGCACAGCCAACUAACCUGGGCCUCAGAAGCCUCUGAGGCCAUUUUCCCUUUUGACCUGCUUGCCUCGUCCCACAAGACUCCAUGGCGUUUCCAAAAGACAGAGAUUUCUUGGUGGGGGAGGAAGCUGAUUAUCCAUACCUAAACGGUGGGGGUAACUUCGGUUUGCUUCCUUCUGGCUCGUCACGUACACGUCACUCACACAUCUCUCUGCCUAUGCUCCAGAGUCAGGAGCCUGGCUUGCUGUCCUGCCUCUAGUUCAGGGAGCAGCUGCAGUGGGGGGGGGGGCAUGCGGGGGAGUGAGGGGGCCGUGCUUUGUGCUCAGGCAAGGUGUCAGAUCUCAUGUGUGUCCUCAGCUGGUGCGGACUUGGGCUGGGACUGUGAGCAGCUCUGGGUUGGCACAGGGCAGGCACUACCCCGAUCAGCUAGCAUGAAACACAGUCCCCAUGGCCACCCCAGCCUCUGGGAGAGCUGUCCUCCUUCUGUCUGGCUGUCUAGGGACCGCUGUGGCACAGGAAAGAGUGGAGCCCAGGUGAGGGGAGCUACUACCAAGCAGCCUUUCGGGGGUCAGAUUGCUGCUGUCACAGGAUGAGUGUGCCCAUGGUGGCCAGUCGUGGGAGCAUUUCGGAGCUAACCAUAAGCAAACCUGGCUCUUCCUCGGGCUCUGGGGAGAGAGAACCCAAGUCUGCAUCCGCUUGACUCCCAAGUGUGGAAGAGGGGGAGGCCAUGUGAAGCAUCUGGAUUCCUUUCUCCCCAUUUUCCUGACAGAGCAAGCGUGUCCCUGGAGAUAUCACCAUGUAUCUUUUCACAGGGACUUCCUUCCCCGAGCAGAUAUGGGUGUCCUGUGGCCUCUUAGGGAGGAAAGGAAUAAGCACCUACUGUGUGCCCAGGCACUACAAGGCACUUUUAUAUUUAUCCUCUUUUAAGAUGGAACUGAGUCAUCCCCUUCUAGAAGGUCCCAAGUAAUGGCUAAACAAACAAACAAACAAACAAAACACUUGGAGAGGAGAGGGCUUUCUUCAAAGACCCCAGGUGGGAGUGCCUUUACUCUGUCCACCCUAGGCUCCUCCCCCUCAGGCUCCCCUGGCCUGGCCUGUGCUCCUCGGGUGACUGAAGGGGCAACCUGAGUUCUCAUAGAGUUUGUGGACCAAUAGGACGUGUAGUGUGUAUGACUUUCUCUUUUUUUUAAAUGUAAGUAAGGGAGGGUGGUGCCUCGCCACAUUCUGCUUGGGUCAUCUUGACAUUCAUCUUCAAGCUAGCAUCUCACUAUUUAUUGACAGGGGCGUGUGAGUGUACGUGUGUGUGUGUGUGUGCAUUCGUAUCUCCACACGCGUGAGCGUGCGCUUCUAUCCUCCUGCCCCCCCCCCUUUUUUUUUUUAAAGAAGGAAACCAAUCGUCCCGCCGCUAAGGGGUGUCUUCUCACGCUUCUGGUGUUUUGGGCCUGGCCACGCCUCACCACAUGUUGGUAACGAUCCAGGGCCCCCCCGGCAACCUGUUCGGGAGGAGCUGGGUCACACUUUUGACAGAGGGUUUGGGAAGGGAAAGGGGAGAAGAAAUCGACAUUUAUUUUAUUAUUUAUUUUAAAUGUUUACAUCUUCUGUGUGUGUUCCAAGCCUGAAUAGAAACCGAUAGCAUUAAAGUACCCCCCCCCCCCGCCCCCCACCCCCCUCCCCCCUCCUUUUUUCUAACUUAGGAUAAUGAUGCUUUAUUUUGUUUGUCUGUUUCUAAAGUGACUUGUGGACUCGUGCUGUAUAAACUGUAUUAAAAGGUUCUGUUUAUAAAGACUGAUUGUCAUUCCUCUGGGGACAGUGGCUGCUAAGGAAAUCUCACAUUGUAAGAAAACACAAUGAAAGACCCUGGCCCUGUCUCUCAAAACUUAACUUUCUCUGUAUGAUUAAAAAAAAAAAAAAAAUAUUCCAUUUAUUUUACUUCGUGGUUACUUGAUUUUUGAGGGAGAAAAUAUUCAACUUUGUAUAAAGACUAGGUAUCAGGGUUUCUUUUGCUGUGGGAGGUGUAUAUAUCGUAUUUUGGUAUAUCGUGGAAACUCGAGCUUUGUGCAUCUGUAUUUGGGAUAUGUCAAUGACGUGACGUGAAAUCCGCUAUAGACCCUGGAGGCAAAUGAGUUGUACAAGGUUUUAUGGCUCUGCGCGCGCGGGGGGAAUGUUAAUGAUUUUUCUGGGCACCUUUUGUCCCCUGUUUUUAAAGUCCUGGUGAAAUGGCCCUGUAGGAGGGCCUCUCUGGUCGGACUCUCCCGGCAGGACCGUAUGCUCACAAAUCUUUGUAUAGUUUUAAAAAUUGAGGAGUAUCCCUGCUCGGAAGCCAUCUCUGGUUGGUGUGUGUUGUGUUGUUCUGUGUACUGUACGUGACACAAGCCUACAGUAUUUGCACUAAGAAAAGCUUGUUGGGAGAAGCUUGCUGCUAUGGAGGAAAGAACAUAUUAAAACUUGUUUCCCCCUGGGGUUUAUUUUUGUUUUAUGUUUCUGUUGUUGUUGUUGUUGUUCGCUUUCCCACUUUCCACUGAGUAGCAUUUUGUAGAAUAAAAUGAAUUAAGAUCAAA